AUUUUCAUUUUCCCUCUCCUCCUCACUCUUACCCGCCACUCUCUCUCUCUCUCUCUCUCCACCCGACCUUCCGCCUCCGCCCACCACCAACUACUUUCGGCACCGAACGCCACCCGCGCAUCACCAUCGGCGACGCCCACCCACGGAAACAGCUCGAAAUCCGUCGACGCCCAACGAACGUCACCCACGGCACCAGCUCAGAGACGUUGAUACUCAUGACUUUGCACAGCUUUAGUAGACACUGAAUAGCGGGGGCUGAGGAGUGGAUGACAGCAAUCUUCUUAGAGCGGCAUUAAUCUUUUCUUAGUGCCCCGAGAUUUUGUUAUAGAAGAUGCAUUGCAUUUGGAUAACUGUAGACAAUUUAUAAAUCAACUUUUUUAAUUCUCCCAAAUUGGGGGCGUGACACUACGCCUAGUUUCAGAGUUGGAGGAGCGAAGCCAACCAUGUACAGGGGGUUUAGCCGAAGGCUGUUGGAGAUCCGGAGACAGUCGCACACGCUGUCCAGCAACGGCCCAAGCGAAAGCUUGAGGAGGAAGAUUGCGGAGUUAGAGAGGACAAGGAAGGCGAGGAAGAGCCCGGAGAAGGACCAGCUCUUUGUGGAAGUUCCCGAGUCCAAAGCCUACCUUGACACCGCCUCCAUGCCCAUGAUUCUCACUGUCGUUGGCGUUGCCCUAUUCGCUAAGCUCCUCUUUAUGUACGAUGAGUCAAAGUCGCAAGAAAUGAUUGAGCGGAAAAUACAGAAUGCGCCUGCGGGGCAAGGUACAGUUAGGAUGCUGACUCGUGAGGAAUGGGAAGAAAUUCGAGAAGUGAGGCCCCGGACUCCCUUUGAAUCCAAGCUUGCCCGACCAAAUGCACAAAUUCGAACCGAAGAACCAUUGCGCUUGGAGGAUUUGAAGGAUUGGACAAUUGAUGUGCUAACAGAUGCACUCACUAGAGCUGAAGAAACUGUUAGACAGAGUUCCAAGUGACUUAAAAUAUCAGCCUGAUGUACAUAAUGAUAGAAGCGGAAGAUGGGAAAUGGGUUGCCAUGGCAUCAAAUUAGUUACCAUCCAUCUACUGAUGGCAUCUGUGACGAACCAAAUGUUGCAAUCACAUGUCACAUCUUAGGAAUUUUUUUUUUCCUCCAGAUAAAUCAUGAAAUGGCUGUAAAAUCUUUAGACUUUGUAUAUUCAUAUAUCAUUGGCCUUCUUCAGCCAUCAAGUUUUACUUUGUUUAGCGGAUAUGAAUCAUAGUAGCAUGAAAUACUACUCUUUCCGCAGAUGCUAGUUAUAUCAUAUAUGGCUGGCUUGCCUUCCACUUGAUGGCUGGUAGGAUGAUGAUUGAUAGAAGCGGAUUGGGCACCAUUUUCUUCCAUAAAUAAGCUGAUUUAGGAGUGGAAUUUCGAAUGCAAACCAUGUUUUUCUUUCGU